GUGUAACUUGACGCUGAAACCUGCACUGAGAUAACGUUGGAUUUUUCACAGGCAGACAGAGAAGCCUUUCUGUAAGAAUAACAACGUCAGUGAAUCAGCACUUCUCUCCAGGAAGUCAUGGCAGACCUUGGCAUCAAAGCAGGGGACAAGGUGAUGUUGGUUUGGACUCAGCCCUCAGCACCAGCAGCCCUGAAACAAUAUGUAGAGGAACUGGGUUCCCUUGUUGGUGCAGACUGCAAAGUGUCAGUGGAGAACAUGGACAGAUUAUUGCUGUCCUCUCAUCCAGCGUCCACCUUUGACUGGGUGCUUUCUUGCCUUCUGGCUGACAGCUCCUGCAUCCACAGUUCAGAUACUCUAGAGGAAAUAGCCAGAGUGCUCAAACCUGGUGGAAAACUCAUUCUGGAAGAAGCAGUUACAGGGGCUGAGGCGCAGAGUGUGCGGACGGCUGAGAAGCUGGAGUCAGUGCUGAAGUUGUCGGGCUUCAUGUCAGUGACAAAGGUCAGCAAAGAGAAUCUGAGUCCUGAGGCGCUGAGCUCCCUCAGGACUGCCACUGGUUACCAAGGAAACACUCUGUCCAGAGUUCGAAUCUCUGCCUCCAAACCCAACUUUGAGGUGGGAUCAUCCAGCCAGAUUAAACUGUCGUUCGGGAAAAAGCCGGUUUCAGCAGAGAAACCUGCUCUGGAUCCCAACACUGUCAAAAUGUGGACACUGUCAGCCAAUGACAUGGACGAUGACGAUGUGGAUCUGGUGGACUCUGAUGCUCUGCUGGAUGAAGAUGACUUGAAGAAGCCUGACCCAGCUACUCUGACAGCGCCCAGCUGUCGAGAAUUAGGCAAGAAGAAAGCCUGCAAGAACUGCUCAUGUGGUCUCGCUGAGGAGUUGGAGCAGGAUGGUAAAGGAAAACAAAAGACGAACCUACCAAAAUCUUCCUGUGGAAGUUGCUACCUUGGUGAUGCCUUCAGAUGUGCCAGCUGUCCGUAUGCCGGGAUGCCAGCGUUCAAACCAGGAGAGAAGAUUGUGUUAGACAACAAGACGCUGACUGAUGCUUGAAAUACAAGCUUCCUACAACUUAUCCUUCAAAAUAUUACAUUCCUUUUUUUUCCAUCCACGCAGAGACACGAUUCCCUCUGCAGAAACACAGAACUGAAAUCUGCUCUUUGCUCUACACCGCAGAUGUGAGGGGGAUUUCAGCCUGUUUGUCUGCUCAGUGAGACGGCUUCUGUUCGAUGCAUUCAGUGUUUGAAAUCACAACAAACAUCAGCUGGUUUCACUGAGAGUUUCAAAAUUAAUUAGCCAUGCAGCUUUGACAGUGAAGAGUGAGAUUUGAAUAAAAUGGAAAAAUGUGCACUAUCA